UAAACCACGCAGCAACCGCCCCCGCCACCACCGCACCUGCAGAUCCAAUCCACUACGCACCGACAAAACAAAAUGAAACAAUCUUGCAGAAAUACCUAUCUGCAAUCUUAGAUUGACUCGAGCGGGGAUUAUUUUCCGCAGACUGCACUUAUUCUUAUUGUCUGCUUUUGCCUCUAGUUUAUUCCAUGUUUCGGACUCGCGGUGAGAGGAAGCCAUUUUGACUUCUUCAGCCAUUUGGCGGCAAAUUAAAUUUGACAGUUAACUUUUUAAAAGACGCGGGAAGCGGUGGCCGAUCGGUACUUUCGGCUUACGGUGUAGUUUUUAAUGUCUAACUUUUCUGGUGGAAAUGGUGAGAUUUUGGUGGAUGUUUAUAUUUUUUGCGAAGACGGCGUCGGCUAGUGACAAUGCACUCCCGGAUCCGGAAGCUGGAAAAGAGUCCCGUUUCCUGCCCCUAUUCGAGAAGCGCUACGACCGCCCGCUCGGGCCGGGGGGUCUACCACCGCUGACCUCGGCCCCCGUGGCGGGAGAGAGAUGCUCGUCGCGGUUAGAGAGCGCCCUGGACCAGAUGCAGCGACGGAAGAGGAACCAGCCCAAGAAUCUGGAUACACCUCUGAGUCAGACCUUCGACCUCAACGGCUACAGUCUCCAUCAUCAGAUGAGGAGUGCUCCGGUGGACAUGUAUGUCACGAGAAUGAGGGUUCGUCUUCCGCAGAAUAGCAACUGGGUUCGCGUACAGAAGUGUUACUUCGAUCCCCGUAAUAUCUCUUUAGACACGAUGCUUAUGUUCAACGACCUCACUAUUAGCGGAAACGUGGAUUUAUUCGACGCCAGCGAACUAGACCGAGGGGCACCCCCGAACAGAUUACGGCGGAAUUACAACCCUCCGCCAUACGACCACGACUAUCCCAGGGAUUAUCCGAGAAACCGUGGCAGCGGUUGCAACAUGAUACUCCGGCUUCGCAAAGCCGGCAUCGGCUUUCACACGAGGCCUCUCAACCAGCAACCCGGGAAGUUCAACGUCAAAACUGAUUCGGAAUUCUUCGAACCAGGUUUCAUCAGCGUCUACGCUUACGGCUGUGAGAGAUACAUCAACAGGAACUCCAAUUGGAAUAAGGACAACCAGCCACUGCGGAGGAGAAAGAGGUCCGAUGAGUUCUCUUUUGAUCCUCAUUUGUCGCAGCCAUACGAGGAAUUGGAUGGCAGAGCUUCAGACAACUGGGACAUAGUUUAUGAGCCGAGAAGCAGUAGACUGAACUACGAGAGAAGCAAGCUUUUCCGACCGGAAGACGAUUUGGACGACGUCGAGGAUAUUUCAAGGGAGAUGGAGGAUAUCUUCACGAAGGGAAUACGGACUCUCCUGACGACCUACAUGAAGAAGGAGCUUCAACCAGCUAUCAAGGACACCUUGAUGAGGAAUAUGGGCUAUGUGAUAUCUUACGGUUAAACUUGUCAGCGUUUUUUUGGACUUUUCUACUUUUUG